UUCAUAUUUUUAUUUUAAAAUUUUUGUUCGGGUGGCAACACUUAAACGAUAAAAUCAUUGCAGCGUGAGUCGAGGCGUGGUCGGGAAUCGAAAUUGAUUACUUUAAUAAUAAAUAGAUGAAUGUACAUAAUCUUAAUAAUAUAGAAAUAAGAACAGUUUUAUUAUUGUUUUUCAUAUAUUUUCCAUUAUGUCGAUGUGACUUGCUAGCUUAUUGGUUAUUAGGAGGAAGUGGAGGGGAAGAGAACAUUGAUCCUAAUACAAGGUUAAUUGUAUUGAUGCUGGAAGGAUUCCGUCACGAUUUUGUCGACAUUUUCGAUAAAAUAAGCCCCCUUAAUGGUUUUAGAAGAUUAAAAAAGAACGGCGUGACUGCUGAUUAUGUUUUGCCUGUGUUUCCGUCCAAUACUUAUCCAAAUUGUCAUAGUAUUGUUACAGGAUUAUAUGCAGAACAUCAUGGUAUAGUGGAUGAUUAUAUGUAUGACGAACAAAGUCAACAAGUUUUUUCAAAAGGUUUUUAUGAUGAUAAAUCGUCGAAAAUCUGGUGGAAAUUUGCUGAACCGUUAUGGAUAACUGCCGAGAAACACGAUAUAAAAACUGCUUUAUACUGGUGGGACGGAUGCCAAGUUGAAUAUGGAGGAUUUGCAGCAACGCAUUGCGAAUAUCCUCAGAAUUCUUACGAGAAUCCAGAUUGGGAAUUAAAUAACAUUCAAAAACGUUUAAAUGAUGUUUUAGAUAAAUUCUUGAAAAAGAAACUUAAUUUAGCCAUGUUUCACUUCAGGGCAAUUGAAUUUGUAGGUCGCCGUUAUGGACCGGAUUCUGUAGAAAUGCAGGAUAUGAUUAAGAACAUUGAUAAGAUUAUAUCUGAUCUUCAGGAUAAUAUUCUAAAAAAGAAAAUGCAAAACAAUGUUGUAGUGAUGGUAAUUUCUGAUCACGGAAUUGCAAAAGUUAAUCGACAUCCUGCCUUUAUCAUAAACAUUGAAAAUUACAUUGACACUAAUGAAAUUAGUUAUAUGUUGAAUAGAGGAUCAUUUGCUAUGAUUCAGCCUAAAAGAGGAAAGAUAAAUGAGGUAAAUAUUAAAAAUGGUAUAUUACAUAUGCUUGCAUAUAAGUUGACUUUUAAAGUUGUAGUGAUGGUAAUUUCUGAUCACGGAAUUGCAAAAGUUAAUCGACAUCCUGCCUUUAUCAUAAACAUUGAAAAUUACAUUGACACUAAUGAAAUUAGUUAUAUGUUGAAUAGAGGAUCAUUUGCUAUGAUUCAGCCUAAAAGAGGAAAGAUAAAUGAGAUUUAUGAAGAAUUAAAAAAGGCAAACAUAAAUGGUUUGCAAGUUUUCCUGAAAAAUGAAUUACCUGAAAACUAUAAGAUUAAGAAGGGUAAAUAUGUUCUACCAAUUGUUAUCUUGGCUGAAGAAGGAUUUCUCAUUAAUGGUAUUUCUAAUAAUAAACAAAUAGGACAGCAGGAAAUAUAUAAUGGCGAGUUUGGUUAUGAUCCAUACACAGUUAGAGACAUGAGAGCAAUAUUUUUUGCACGAGGACCUGGUAUAAAGCAUAAUUAUGUUUGUCAGCCUAUGGAAGUAGUGGAUCAUUAUAACAUCAUGUGCCACAUCCUUGAAAUUCCAUGCUUACCCAAUAAUGGUUCAUGGAAGCGGAUUAAGGACUUAUUUGGAGGAGAAUCAGACAUCACAUUAUGGGACUGGAUAACUACCAUCAGUGCAAUAUUAGUGAUUGUGGCAUUUGGUCUUUCUGCUGGUUACAAACUAACUAGAAGAGAAAAAAAAGAUUGAUGUAUAUACUGUAUACAAAAAUAGUAACUUGUGGUAAGGCAUCAGACUUUUGUUGUGGAGAUCCAGAGUUGAAUCUGAUUUGGAUCCUUGUUGCAAGUAAUUAAAGAAAGAGCAUUGUUUCUGUAUUGCUAACACUUGCUAAUUGAUUUCAUUACUGGUCUGACCCCCUCAGAACAGAUGAAAAUAAGAAUAACAAUUUCUAAAUUGACAAAUAUGUCAGUUAUAAAGCAAAGAAUUUUAAAAAAAGUUUAAUAAUAUUUAAUAAGAAAUCUUUUCAACCAUCUUCAAUGGCCACCAAAAGGUUCUAGAAUGGGUUGAUGCUGGCCACUAGUUACAGAAAACUUGAAUUGGUUUCCCUUCUCUUCUACUCAAGGAGAACCAAUUCAACUUUUCUGUAACUAGAAUUUGAUAAUCAUAAAAAUGACUAAACAUAUUUUUUUAAAUACAUGUUAUUGGAUGUUUUAAAGAGUCAUGAGUGGAAAUUGAACUCAGUUGCAUGGAUGUUGUAAACCAACACCAACAAUGAUGUAUAGAAGUGUGUAUAAAAUCAAUAUUUAUGUUUACAUUAUUUAUUUAAAUAAAGUUUUUAAAUUCUUAA